AUGUACAGCCAGAACAACAACACCACCACUCUCGUGCCAAUCUACCGCGCCCUUGUCCCACAACAAGAUCGUCAAGCUGAAUGGACCACGAAACUGACUCAGGCCCACAACAAUCUCUCAAUGCCUCUGAGCGACCCCAUGAAGGCCAAUCAACUCUCUACCAUCAAACAGGCCCUCAAAGCUGCUCACAAGAUCCUCGGCGAAUUCAACGAACAAGUCAGCAAGAACUACAUCACAGUUCCACCAGGAGCCUGGACGUAUAACCUCCCACCAGGCGAGAAGACCCCAAGCCAGACGAUAGAUAAUCCAUUCAGUGCGGCCGAGGAGUUGAGGGGCGCUAUCAAGAUCAUCCAAGCGGUUUUGGAGAAUGUCAAGAAUGGAUGGUGGGCUUUGGAGAAGGAGAAGGUCGUGCCUGACAAGAAGAAAGACGGGGAGGAUGAAGAGGAACUGGAUAUGUAG